AUGUCCACAUCCCAGAGUGGCCCAUUGUGGGUGACAGCAGGGCCCCAGGGUUCCAUUGCCAUAUGCUGGCGAGGCAAGAGGAAAGGGGACACUGGGUGGGUAAAAGCGUGGUUUCCUGGCUGGGUUGAAGGGGAGAAAGGGAGAGGUCGGGCUUGGGGGGCUGCCUCCCGCGGCUCAGCAGUUCCUCUGACCAUCCGAGGACCAUGCGGCCAACGGGUCAUCACGACGCGCAUCGUGGGUGGACUGGACGCUGAACUCGGGCGUUGGCCAUGGCAGGGGAGCCUGCGCCUGUGGGAUUCCCACGUGUGCGGAGCGAGUCUGCUCAGCCACCGCUGGGCGCUCACUGCGGCGCACUGCUUUGAAGAAGAGAGUGACCUUAGUGAUCCCUCUGGGUGGACGAUCCAGUUUGGCCAGCUGACUUCCAUGCCAUCCUUCUGGAGCCUGCAGGCCUACUACACCCGUUACUUCGUGUCGAAUAUCUAUCUGAGCCCUCGCUACCUGGGGAAUUCACCCUAUGACAUUGCCUUGGUGAAGCUGUCUGCACCUGUCACCUACACUAACCACAUCCAGCCCAUCUGUCUCCAGGCUUCCACAUUUGAGUUUCAGAACCGGACAGACUGCUGGGUGACCGGCUGGGGGAACAUCAAGGAGGAUGAGGAACUGCCAUCUCCCUAUACCCUCCAGGAAGUUCAGGUCGCCAUCAUAAACAACUCUAUGUGCAACUACCUCUUCUUCAAGUAUAGUUUCCGCACGGACAUCUUUGGAGACAUGGUUUGUGCUGGCGAUGCCCAAGGCGAGAAGGAUUCCUGCUUUGGUGACUCAGGUGGACCCUUGGCCUGUAACAAGAAUGGACUGUGGUAUCAGAUUGGAGUCGUGAGCUGGGGAGUGGGCUGUGGUCGGCCCAAUCGGCCCGGUGUCUACACCAAUGUCAGCUACCACUUCGGGUGGAUCCAGAAGCUGAUGGCCCAGAGUGGCAUGUCCCAGCCAGACCCCUCCUGGCCGCUGCUCUUUCUCCCUCUUCUCUGGGCUCUCCCACUCCUGGGGCCAGCCUGAGCCUACCCAAGCCCGUGCAGGCUGGGGCCACUGCUAAGUCAGGCCCUGGUUCUCUUCUGUCUUGUUUGGUAAUAAAUACAUUCCAGUUGAUGCCUUGCAGAGUAUUCCUCAAA